AUGCCGAGCACCUCGGACGCGGCGCCAGCUGGAGGGAGCGGGGGAAGCCGGGGCUGGGGCGGCUCGGCAGCGGUGGAGGCGCCGGCGGACAAGAAGCGGCUGCAUCACCGGAGACGGAAGCGCUUCGCGGCCCAGCCGCAGCCUCCCGCUCCGCCGCCGCCGGCUCCUCACCCGCUGCUGUUUCCGCUCCUGCAGCCGCCGCUCCUGCAGCCGCCGCUGCCGCCGCAGUCUCUGCUGUUCCUGGCGGCCACCAGCGCCUCCUCCUGCUGCGGGGACGGGGGGGAGCGGAAGCGGCCCCGGGGCAAGCGGCGCUCGGGGUCCCGGCACAAGCGGCGUCGGGGCCGCGGGGGAGGCGCAGGGGGCGGCGCCCAGGAGCCGGAGAAGCGGCGCGGUAGCGGGGGGCUGAGCACUCUGGUGGAGGAGUACGACGACGUGAGCUCUCAGUCCGAGGGGCUGGUGGGAAGCGGAGCGGCCGGCCCGGGCGGGGCGGGGAGCGGCGGGGGGAGCCCGGCCUCCUCCUCCGGCGGAGGGAGCCAGCGGCCCCGGGGGGAGACGGAGCGGAGCAGCCGGCCGCGCCGGGAACAUCGCGGCAGCAGCGGCCGCUCCAGAGAGCGGCACCGGGAGCACCGCAGGCGGGGGGAGGAGAAGCAGCAGGAGGGGGCGGCGGUGGCCAGGGGGGGAGCCGAGGCCUCCUCUUCCUCCUCCAAGUCCCGCAGCCGCCACAAUCAGACCGGGGGCCAGGACCGGGAGGGCCCCAAGAGCAGCAGUGGCGGCGGCAGCGACGGCCGCAGGAAGGGCCCGGCCGCCUCCCCCGGCACUGGCAGGAAGGAGCGGGAGGGCAAAGCGCACAAGAGCCGGACUAAAGCGGCCAAGGAGCCGCCCUCGGCCUACAAGGACCCGCCGAAGGCUUAUCGGGAGGAUAAGGCCGAGCCUAGGGCCUACAGGCGGCAACGUUCGUCCCCUAGCCCCGGCCGGGACGACAGCCCCCCGUCGCACAGGGCCUCCCAGAGCCAGAGGAGCCGCAAAUCGCCCAGCCCCAUCGGCGGGCGCUCCCCCCUCAGCCCCUACAGCCGCCGCCGAUCCCCUAGCUACAGCCGGCACAGCUCGUACGAACGCGGCGGGGAUGUGUCGCCCAGCCCCUACAGCAGCAGCUGGCGCCGCUCUCGGAGCCCCUACAGCCCCACUGUGAGCAGGAGAUCAGCAAAAUCCCGAAGCAGAAGCCCUUACUCAUCAAGACACUCAAGGUCUCGCAGCAGGCACAGAUUAUCUAGGUCCAGAAGUCGUCACUCGAGUAUUUCUCCUAGCACCCUGACUCUGAAAAGUAGCCUGGCCGCUGAGUUGAACAAGAACAAAAAAGCAAGAGCUGCAGAGGCAGCCAAAGCCAAUGCAAAAAUUUCAAACACCUCUACGCCUACUAAGGGAAACACUGACACUGGUGUGAGUGCACCUCAAACAAACAAUGUGAAGGAUCUGAAGAAAAUAAAAACUGAGCAUACACCUUCUCCUACAAGUGGUGCAACUUUGAAAAAUGACAAAGCAAAAGCAAAGGUCUCUGUUCUGGAGACAAAGGUGGAAAAUAACUUGAUUGUAGACAAAGUGGCUAAACAGAAAGCAGCAGCAGCAGCAGUAGCAGUAAAAGAGAAUAAAUCGGCUGCCGUGAAGCAGCAACCAGUCACUGUAAAAGAGAAAAACAAACCACAUACACCAAAUGUAGGAGCCAAGGAGAAAGAUAGAAAUGUUGCACUACUAACCUCCACGCUGCCACCCUUGCCUUUCCCUCCCAUGCUGCCUGAAGAUACAGAUACUGACAGUUUGCGAGGGAAUCUUUCAGUGAAGGCAGUUAAAAAGGAAGUGGAGAAGAAACUCCGCCAUCUGCUUGCAGACUUGCCACUUCCACCAGAGUUGCCUGGAGGAGAUGAUUUAUCCAAAAGUCCUGAAGAAAAGAAACCAGCAGUUCAGUCACACAGCAAAAGGAGGCCUAAAAUAUGUGGACCACGCCAUGGUGAAACAAAGGAAAAAGACAUUGACUGGGGGAAACGCUGCGUGGAUAAAUUUGAUAUAAUUGGCAUUAUUGGAGAAGGCACUUAUGGGCAAGUUUACAAAGCCAGGGAUAAGGAUACGGGAGAAAUGGUGGCACUAAAGAAAGUACGUCUGGAUAAUGAAAAGGAAGGUUUUCCAAUUACAGCUAUUCGGGAGAUUAAGAUUCUUCGACAGCUUAACCACCAAAGCAUUAUCAACAUGAAGGAAAUAGUGACAGAUAAGGAAGAUGCUUUGGACUUCAAGAAGGACAAAGGUCACAAUAUCCCUGUGGCAACUACAACAAUUGGUUACAUGGCAAGUGCAUUUUACCUGGUCUUUGAAUAUAUGGACCAUGACUUGAUGGGACUCCUGGAAUCUGGCUUGGUUCAUUUUAAUGAAAAUCACAUAAAGUCAUUUAUGAGACAGUUGAUGGAGGGACUGGAUUACUGCCAUAAGAAGAACUUCCUACACAGAGAUAUUAAAUGUUCAAAUAUUCUAUUAAAUAAUAGGGGGCAGAUUAAACUUGCAGACUUCGGGCUUGCUCGACUGUAUAGCUCAGAGGAGAGUCGACCAUAUACCAACAAAGUUAUUACUUUAUGGUACCGGCCUCCUGAACUUCUGCUUGGAGAGGAAAGAUACACACCAGCCAUAGAUGUCUGGAGCUGUGGCUGUAUCCUGGGUGAACUUUUUACUAAAAAACCAAUAUUUCAAGCAAAUCAGGAACUUGCUCAGCUGGAACUAAUAAGCCGAAUUUGUGGGAGUCCUUGUCCUGCAGUCUGGCCUGAUGUAAUAAAGUUAGCCUAUUUCAACACCAUGAAACCAAAGAAGCAGUAUCGUCGAAAAUUGAGAGAAGAGUUUGCUUUUAUUCCACCAGCUGCAUUAGAUCUGUUUGAUUAUAUGCUUGCUUUGGACCCUAGCAAGCGUUGCACAGCUGAACAGGCUCUUCAGUGUGAGUUUCUGCGAGAUGUGGAGCCUGCUAAAAUGCCUCCACCGGACCUUCCUCUGUGGCAAGAUUGUCAUGAACUGUGGAGUAAGAAACGUAGACGGCAGAAGCAGAUGGGAAUGACAGAUGACACAACAGCAGCUAAAAUUCCAAGGAAGGAUUUGUCUUUAGGCCUGGAUGAUAGCAGAACCAACACCCCACAAAGCAUGCAGACUUCUUCCAAACUCACAACUCAGGGCAACUCUAGUGUAGCUCUUGUGAAAACAAGCACUGGACAGCAGUUAAACCAGAAUGAAGUGGCAAUCCUGCUAAAUCUUCUACAGUCUAAAUCAAGUGUUAGUAUGGCACAUUUUGCUGAAGUGUUGAAUAUUAAGAUAAACGCAGAGACUCAGCAGCAACUAGAUAAAAUAAACAUUCCUGCUGGUAUUUUGGCAGCAGGUGAAAACCAGCCAGAGCAACAGCCGCCUCCACCGCCACCAGAACAGGAGCCUUUACAACAGCCAGCAGUCACUCAGCCAGCUCUACCACCUGCUCAGCCUAAAAUUGAGACUGAUGCUGCUCAGGCAGCUGUGCAGAGUGCAUUUGCUGUUUUGUUGUCUCAGUUAUUAAAGACUCAGCAAACAAAGCAAAAAGAUCUUGUACUAGAGGAGAAGGAGAAUGGAUCAGGAAAUGAAAUGUCAUUACAACUCAGGCAGCCUCCAGAGCCCCGCACUCCUGCAUCGGAUAACCAGGAGGACACGGAAUCUCCAGCAUCUGUUUACCCACAUCUGAUCAAAUCAUUAUACUCACGUGCAGGUCAAGAUGAUUUGGUUAGACAGCCUGAGCUGAGGCUUCUAAACCUAACACCAGAACAAGAACGCCCUCGCAUCUUGCCCCCAGACCAGCGUCCUCCUGAGCCACCAGAACCACCACCACUCACUGAAGAAGAAGACCUAGAUUAUCGGACAGAAAACCAGCAUUUGCCUAUUUCUAGCUCUUCAGGAACGGAUCCUCAUGCUGGGGUGAAAGCUGCUCUGCUACAACUGCUUUCUCAGCAUCAGGUUCAGCCAACUGAGGAACCAGUAACAACUAGUGUGGAUUAUCAGGCAAGAGACUCCUACGUAUCUGACUACAAGGAUAAUUUUGGAUCUUCUUUCUCUUCUGCCCAUUAUGGUGGUAGUGAUGGAAUAGGAAGUGGAUCAUCUGGGGCACUGGAAAGGAGAAGCUUCAUUGGAAAUUCAGAUAUUCAGUCUUUGGAUAACUACAGUACUGCUUCAUCUCACUCUGGUGGUGCAUUGCCACCUCCUGCCUUUUCAGAACCGUUUCCCAGCUCAGUAACCGGUUAUGGAGACAUUUACCUCAACACUGGUCCCCUGUUAUUUAGUGGAGAUAAAGACCAUAGAUUUGAAUAUAGCCAUGGCCCUAUUGCAGUUCUGGGAAACAGUGGUGACACUUCCACAGGGUCAGAAAGUACUCAUUCUUUGUCCACAAAGAUGCACAACUAUAGUUAUGGAAGUAAUUUACAAGAAAACCCUAGUGGCAUUAGCCACAUACAUGGACAAACUUGGACUUCUACAGCCCAAGGACCUGGAUAUUCCCAAGGAUACAGGGGACACAUUAGCACAUCAACAGUCAGAGGGCGAGGCAGAGGAUUACCAUACUGAGUAUCUGUUUUUCCUCAGGCACAUCAUUUUUACCUGGAAAGACUUUUUUUCUAGCUGCAGUUUAAAGCAGCAAUCCAACAGACUUGAAUAACGUUAAUUCAACAGCUUUAUUUUUAUGUGGAAAAGGGUCUUGCAUACAGUAGGAAAAUUUAAACUGCUUAAAACUCAUGCUGUCUGGAAACUAGAUCAAUUGAUUGUACAUGUUCACAAAUUCUAGUUAUGAAUUUUAUUUUAUAUUUUGGCAGUUUUAAGUGGAUGCUAAAUUUAGGGACAUCAGCUUUUUAUGGCACUCUUUCAGAUCUUCUGAACUAUGCACAUUUGUGCUUUUUUUUGUAAGUUUGGACCAACUUUUAUGUAAAAAAUUUUACAACAAUCAAAGCAGGGCACUGAUUUAUUUGGUAUUUUUCUUUUUACAAAACUACCUUUGGUCAAAGGUCACUGUCAGUCUUUGCACUGCUUUCAGUGUUAUUGUGGAAGGUGUACUUUGUGCUCAUUUCAGAUAAUAAAACACAACCUUUCUCUUAAUGCAACAAUUUUAUAAA